GUUCUUCCUGUCUCUCUUGUUCGCACGAAAGAACACAGAAGGAGCGAGAUGGAGUAUAAGAAGAGUAUAAAAGGGGUGGGGGAGUCUGAUGCGGAGCUUGCGCCGUGCUUUCGUAAGGCGCGUCCUGGCCUCUCCGGACGAGACCGGAAAGUGGUGAGGGCUUUACUCGUCGGCGAGCUUUCGUCGUGGAGAGCGUGCGCGCGCGCGUGCUAACUCGAGGAGAAAGGAAAAACUGAAAGAAAGGAGGAAGAAGAAGAAAAAGAAGAGAAGGAGGAGGAAGAAGAAAAGGAAGAAGACAAAGAAAAGAAAUAGAAGAGAAGAAGAAGGCGUCCGUUUUGAUUUUUCGCAUUUUAUCUAAACGACCAAAGUUAUCGUCGUUUGAGGAAAAAGAAAGAGUGAAAGAGAGGAAUAGAAAGAAAGGGAAAAAGAGGGAGAGAGAGAGAGAGAGAGAGAGAGAAAACGAGAUACGCGAUAUAAGGAAGAAAAUUAAGAUUGGGAGCCGAAGGAAAAGAAGAAAAGCUGAGACUACAACGACGAUAACGACAAGAAGGAGGAGGUCGUCGUCGGUAGUGGUGGUGGUGGUGGUGGUGGUGGUGGUGGCGACGGUAGAGGACGAAAGCGUCGGUCGAUCGUAAAAAUGUAAUGACCCGGCGACGAGAGAGGAAAGAGAGGUAGCUCCACUCGGAAAGUUUUAGCAGCAAGCUACGUCGUAACUCCGUGAACGAAGAAGCAUCGUCAACUAUAAAGCUCAUGGCGUGAAGCUCGAACAAUCGACCGGAAGGGGGAUUUGUGGCUGUCGUUUCUCUUUUCUUCUUUUCGUCGUCUCUGCGCGAAGAAUUCGACCGAGAAGGCUCGAUCACAGAAAUCAGAAUGAUCGGGGCCAUGCCAGCAGUGGCUGUACGCCAUGAACGUAGAAGACAAGAAAAGAGGCUAAAACGACCGAGUCAGCUUUAUUUGGGCGGCCAAUGGAUGCCACCCCUUCAAGGUUCGCCACCUACACCUAGUCCCCACGGACACAAUAGUCAUCUAGAUCCGCUUCCAGAGCUUUAUCUUUGCGGCAAGUGUCGUUAUUCGCAGAUAUCCGGUUUGCACGCAGUCGUAGUGUGUCUGUUAUUGGGCGCAGUGGUACUUGUAGUUGGUCUUGUCCAACUUGCCCCGGGGGCAACGACCACCGACCACAGACUUGCUUUACUCAUCGCAGGCGCCACUUUGCUCUUACUGGGUAUCAUCCUGGCCGCCGUAAGAUGUUACGUCCUACAUUGCGUUCCCCUACCAGCGGAUUCACCCGUAGCUACUCCCCUUCCUCCACCGACGAACGAACACCAUCAUCAGGCGAUGGUACCGAGAGGUACUCUCGACCUUUUAGUCGGUCAUCAGAAUCAGCCGGAAACCGACGCUCUUAUGCGAACCGAGCAACAUCAGGAUCAACAACAACAACAACAACAACAACAGCACCAUCAUUAUCAUCAUCAUCAUCAACAUCACGGUAACCAUAAGAAGAAGCGUAGCUCGCAAAGCUCUUAUCCAGACGAAGCCUAAUCUUUACAUCGUAAUUCUGAUCUGCGUCAAUCAGAGAACAAAAGAGACAGAAAGAAAAAUAGAAAGAGAGAGAGGGAGAACGAGAAAGAGAAAGAAAGAGAGACAGAGAGAGAGAGAAAGAGAGAGAGAGAGAGAGAGGGACAGAAGAUUAGAUAGAGACCCGACGAAAUAAGGAACAAGGAAGAGAGAAAAUGAAUGAACAAAAAAUCGUGAAACGGAGAAGUAUGAACGAAAUAGAAAUUGUGAGAAUAUUAAAGAGAGAGAAAGAGAGAGAGAGAGAGAUUCUCCGUCAUGUUUAGAAAGUAAUAGAAGGAAAUCCGUCGAGACAUCGUGAUGUCUCUUAUGAUGCCCUGUAUAUGUACAUUGUACUCGAUUCUUUUAUCUUUUGUAACUUUCUAUAUAUAAAUAAUGCAUAUACAUAUUAUACACACACAUAUAUAUACAUAAAAUUAUACUAUACAUAUUAUAUAUACGUACGUACCGUGUACUCAGUACUUAACGUUACUGAGGAAAGUGCACUUUUCUGUAAAGUGUAUCGGGUGCUCGUUCUUUCAAUCUAUUUCGAUCAAUUUCAUUCAUUAAAAAGUAAGCCAUAAUUUAGCAAGACAAGAUGGGGGAAAUAGGAAAUAAUUAAGAUCGAUCGAUACUUAUAUAUAUAAUAUAUAUAUAUAUAAGUAUAAUAAAAUAUAUAAAGAUAUAACUAAAUAAACGGAGUCGAUGAAAUUAUUUCGUUUGGGAUAAGAAAUCUCAAAAAAAGAAAACAAAAAAUAAAGAAAAAAUAAUAAAGAUUCGAAAUGGCUCGGUUAAUAUGGGCACCCUGUACAUUAACGACAGAGCUCGUUACCAUUAUAAAAGACUAAACUUUUUUCUGACAAAACCGAUGAAAUCUCUGUACAAAAGCGUGUUAUAUGUAUAUACAUACAUACAUACAUACAUAUAUAUAUAUAUAUAUAUAUAUAUACAUAUACAUAUACAUAGAGUAGAGACGCAUAUAAAAAAUGAAAAAAAAAAGAACACACAAAGAACUCAUACGAAUUAUCGAAAGGAUUCGUUCUAAUUUCUCAGCACAAGUACCUACAUGCUACAUAUGUAUGUUAGGCGAGGAUUAGAGAACAAAUGAGAGAACGAUCGAAUCAAGUUUUUGAUUUUUUUCUCUUGAGACUAAACAGGGCAUGAAUAAUAUGUGUAUCGUUUUGAUUAGGUACUAAAGAGAGAAACAAAGGAUAUUAAUUAAAGAGCGAGGAAGAAGGAAAGAAUAGGAGAAAAUAAGUUAGGGAGAUUGGACGGACAGUUGGUAAUAAAUUCCAUGUGAUUUUACGUGCCAAUCUUGGAAACCAAUAUUCCAAUAUAUUCCACAAGAAUACUUCAUUUCUUUCUUUCUACUAAGCUCGAUUGUUUCAAAGAUCUCGGGACUAUUGUAUCUAUCUCGAAAUUACAAAUGUUAGGAAAUCUUUUAUCCCGUUUUAUUUUAAAACAAAUAAACAAAUUUUCUGUCUUUCGGAAUAAGUACAAUUUGAGAAGAACAAUCGAUUGAUACUUUACUAUUUAUUGUUUUUAUUUUUUACUUUUUUUUUCUUUUUUUUUUUUUUUUUUUUUCUUUCUUUUUAUCAUUAUUCACGAUUUACGAUGAAACGAAAUCGAGGAAAAAAGAACAAAAAAGAAAAAAAAAAAAAGAAGAAAAAGAAAAAAAAAAAAGAAAAAAACGAACAAAGCGUUUGAUAUAAUAAGCUUACAUACGUCCGACUUUAAGAUUAUUUAUUCGCGUACGUGAAGGAAAAGAGUCAUGGGUGGUGUUUUUAUUUAGCACUAAGAAAGAAGGAUCAAAAAUAGAUGUCGAUAUCUAUCUAUUCGUUUUAUUAUUAAAAGAAAGGAGGAGGGUUGCCGGUGACGGGGAAAAACAAAUUUUACAUGAGAUUCUUAAAUACGCAUGAGCGUAGACAAACACACACACACACACACACACACACAUACACACACAUAUAUAUAUAUAUACAUACAAAUACGUACUUACAAAGCAUCCAACAUCGCUCGCAUUUUUCAGAUACGAGCCUUGUAUAUACUAAACGAAUUCCCCAUUUUUGACGUAGGACGAUAAUAUAGGGAGAAGAAUGAGAGCAGAAUGUUCGAAGAAAGGGAGAUAUACGAAAGUAAAAAUACAAAAGAUGAAGGGGAAUGAGAAAAAUGAAGAUUUUAUUGUGGGCGAGGAAAUGGUUGGGGACCCAGGAGUUAAGAGGAGGAUAAUAAUAAUAAUAAUAAUAAUAAUAAUAAUAAUAAUAAUAAUAAUAAUAAUAAUAAUAAUAAUAAUAAGUGUCGUUACUUUUAGCUAGGAUUUAUUGAUACGUUUUAUCCAGCACUUGCACUCAAACUCGAUGCUAUUUUAUCGAGGAUUAAAAUUUUAGCAUAAUGGAAAAAAAAUGGGUAAAAAAAGAAUAACAAUGAUGAUGAUGAUGAUGAUGAUAAUGAUGACAAUGAUAAUGAUGAAGACGACGACAAUGAUGAUUAUAAUGAUGAUGAUGAUGAUAAUGAUGAAGAAGACGGAGACGAUGAUGAUAAUGAUAAUGAUAAUGAAGGAUAAUAAUAAAAAAUAGAAUAAAAAACGGUAUAUAAGAAUAUACAGCAAUCUUGCGAGCGCAGCAUUAUGCGAAAUCUAUGUGUCUUUCGAAUAAAAAAUAUUUAAAUUCUCUAUUAACAUUAGGAUAUUUAUACUUUUAAGCAGAUAGGAAUGAAAGAGGGGAGAAAAAAAAAUAAAUCUUUGCCCGCGUGACGGGAAGACAUACGAGACAUAUUUUAUUCGCGAGGAGUAUAUACAUAUAUAUAUAUAUAUAUAUAUAUAUAUAUAUAUAUAUAUAUGUAUUAUUUAUUCGAUUGUCGGAUUAAAAAAUAUCGAUCCUUUCGUUGACGAGAUAUUGUCCAAAUUUUUGUAAAACUUUUAAAUACAUAACUAUAAAUUUGUUUCGAAAUGAGAAAUGAAUGAGAAAAAAAGAGAAAAAAAGAAGAGAAGAGAAGAGAAGAGAAAGAAAGAAAGAAAGAAAGAAAGAAAGAAAGAAAGAAAAAUAUUUCAUGUGUACCAAAAGUAAUGAAUAUUAAUUAUUAUUCAAAUAUUGGUGGCUAUCUCGUGAAACGGCGAUAGGGUCGAUUAAAAAAAGCGCUGCCAAAUUCGCUUUAACAAAUUAAUUAUUAUUACAUGACCAACGAUCGAUAAGAAUCGUUCGCGUAUCUAACGCAACGAUAUAUCGAUCGUAAUUUCUCUUUUUUUUUCCUUGUUUUUUUUUUCUUUUUUUUUUUUUUUCUUUUUUUUUCUUUUCUUUUCUUUUUUCGUAUCGUCGUUUAAGUAAGAACGUAAUCGUAUGUAUACGUUCGAAAUUUUAUUACGGUAGCAAAACUUUUCCCAUCACGUGGGCGUACACGUUCGACUACCGUUGGGGUCCACUUAAAGUUAUUACAAAUUUAACGUCAUAUAAGGUAAUUUAACGAAGCGAUACGUGCCAGAUGGCAAAGAAAUUUUCAUCAAGGGAAUGUCCUCAUGUAUUCGUCUUUCACGGUAAAUUUUUUAUUUAUUUAUUGUUAGCCAUCUGGUGCAGUGAUAUAAAUACGUAUAAAAGAUUGAUAAAAGAAGAAGAAGAAGAUGAAAAAGAAGUGAGAGAGAGAGAGAGAGAGAGAGAGAGAGAGAGAGAGAGAGAGAGAAAGAGAGAAAGAGAGAGUAAGAUGAAAGAGCAUAUACACUCUAACGUAGCGUUAAUUAUUAUAAAACAUGAGUUAUUUCUGAAGUUAGUAAGAAAUGUCUACUUAAAGAUAAGAGAGUCGAUAUAAUAUAAUAUAAUAAUUAAUUAACUAUAAGGAAACUAUCUCUUAAAUUCAUUAAAUUUUUUCCGAAAAAUAUCUCUCUUUGAGAUUUUUCAAAAAAAUUAUAUCGAUUAUGGACACUAAAAUAGGAUCAUCACAUACUACCUAUAUAAUAAAUCUAUACUGCUGUGGCAUUAAAAACAUUGACACGGCAUAUACUCGAACUUCCGUUUGAAAACUAACGCGUGUAAAUACAUAGUAUCGAUAAUUUAAGCUCUCUAAUGGCAGUUUUCAAUGCAAUUUUUUUAAAGGGCGUAUUUUCCUUUGAUCCCUUCUCGAUGCGUUUUAUCGUUCCUUCCACGAUUACGUAUAAACGUUGAGAAGGGGGUGAAAGGUGAAACGUUGAAAAACGGCCAAUAAUAUCUAAUUCGAAACAGGAUCCAAAGCACGUAGAAAAGAAGAGUAAUAAAAAGAAAAACGAAUUACGCUUAUGAAAACGCAGCUUCUUCGAAUAAAAUAGAUUUCUUCCAUUCGCCGAUAUUUAAUUAUAAGAUCUAUUCUGAUUAAAAAUACGAUUUUCUUAUUUGCAUUUUCUACUUAUCAAAUCUUUUCUUCCAAUUUUGUAUAAAAAAGAUUUUGGAUUAUAGUCGAGAGUCAUCAAAAAAUAAUUAUACGCUCGAUAAUUCGCAAACGAGUUACCUUGAAACGCUUCUUACGAUAUAUAUAUAUGUAUGUAUAUUUAUUCGUCUAUAUAUAUAUAUAUAUUCGUCCAUCACAGCUAUAUGUAUAUUUCCUGCGUUUGCUUAUAUUUAGCAAGUAUGAGAACGUUCGUUUCUAACGUAGAAUAUUAAUUAUUGCUAUCAUUAUUACUAUGAUUAUUAUUAUUAUUAUUAUUAUUAUUAUUAUUAUUAUUAUUAUUAUAAUAGAAUUAUUGCUCCUGCCCAGCGUUUUCUGCGAAUUAGAUUCGAAUGGGCUUCGAAUCACGACGAGAAAGUGUCACGAGAACUUCUAAGUUGUAUCUAUGAUAAAUAAAAUAAGCCGCGUAUGUACGCGGACUCCUCUCGAAAAAUACUUGGAUUAGAUGCGAGAACAGCUAAUCGACGAUUAGAAACAUUCGUGAGAAGUUAUUUUCAAUUUGAUUAUUAAUAAUUUUAUCUUCUUUUUAUUUAUUAUUUUCUAAUGUAUUUAUUUGACGUAAGAGAGAUUGAUAGUUUGAUAAUAAAUGAGAUUAACAAUGGAAUUCGCAUAAAUUAUUUUUUAAUUAAAGCGAACGUUAAAAUCGUUGUAUGUAUAUAUUAUACAUUUCGCUAACGCAAUCCAAGUGUUCAUUCUUGAGUGAGAAUGCGCUUAAGCCAUAUGCGAAGUAAUUUAUGCAUAAUAUUAAAAAGUAGAGCGAUAAAAUUAAAAAACAAAAAAAAGAAAAAAAGAAAAAAGAAAUAAAUACUAGGAAGUAUGUACGCCAAGCACAACACACAACUUAUAUAGUCAUCUGAACUCUCUUGAACUCUCACGUGAUCUUGUAGUUUCUAAAUCGUACUUCAUGCGAGCCUAUCUUCUUUUUCGCAAAGCAUUUUUUCUCUCUUAUACAUAAAUAUAUAUAUAUAUAUAUAUAUAUAUAUAUAUAUAUAUAUAUAUAUAUAUAUAAAGGAAAGAAAAAAAAAAAGAGAAAAAGAAUCAAUUUUAAGUUAAACGUACAGAAUUAUGGGUUAAUAUACCCUUUUCAGGGUAUGGCAACAUACAAAAUGGCAACUAAUACAAGAGAUUUAGAGUUUAUUUAAGAAAACAAGAAGAAAAUGAAAAAGAAAAACAUUCAUAUUGUGAUAAUAAGAUACUCUUUCCCUCUGCCGCGAAACGAUCGUAGUAACAUACAAUAAAGAACUUUGCGAUAUUUCAAAAAAAUCCAUAAAUACUGGUAUAUAAUAUAUAUA